AUGGAUGAUGUUCGUCGAACAUCUGUUGCUAUUGUUGUAUCUGAUUGCAACGAUGAGGAAGUAGCGAUUGUUUCACUAAAUUGUUUAGCUAUUUCUUUUUUCACUUUAACAUGGUUUUUUCCUACUGAACCAGUUGCAACAAUAUCAGCAGCUACGUCCGAUGAUGGUUGUUCACGUGCUGAUGAAGCACGGAUGGCUAUUACUACUUUUGGAUAA